AUGAGUCGACUCACCCAGACUCACUCGGCCUCAUAUGGAGCCGUGAGUCUGAGUUUGGUGAGGGCGGCCCGAGAGGAGCGUCGGGGUCCCUUCUUCACGCGUGCACCGCCAGAGCGAGUGGAGUUCCUCAACUCGUCCCAAGCAGUGGUGCCGUGCGAGGCCCAGGGAGUGCCUCAUCCCGAAGUGUGGUGGUGGCGCGUGGGCUCCGAGGGUCCCGCGCCAGAUAUUCCCGGCCUACGUCAUGUGCGAACGCACGACGGAGCGCUCGUGUUCUCGCCAUUUCGGGCCGAGGAUUUCCGACAGGAUAUUCACGCCGCGGUGUACCGAUGCGGUGCCCGAAACUCCGUCGGCUCCAUCAUCAGCGGUGACGUCCACGUCAGGGCCGCCGUGAACCAGGAGUUCGACGUACAAGUGUACGACGAGUUCGUCAUCAAAGGCAACACGGGAGUCCUACGCUGCCAGAUACCGAGCUUCGUCAAGGAAUACGUCACGGUGACGUCAUGGGUGCGGGACGAUGGACUCGUCGUACACGCCGACACAGAUUCAAGUGGUCGUUACACUGUGUUCCCUUCUGGCGAGCUCCACGUCCGCAAAGUGGACCCGGGCACAGACAGCCAUCGCAAGUACUACUGCCAGGCAAAGCACAGACUCACGGGAAAAGUCCUUAGAAGCACUACAGUUGCCAGGCUGAUCAUCAUUGACACGCACGUGAACACAGCACCGAGGCUAACCGAUCGCAGGCCCGUGGUUCGGGCACGCCAAGGAGACAACGUGAAGAUCCCGUGCGCAGCGCAAGGUUACCCGAUUCCCACGUACUCCUGGCACCGCCUCGAAGGCGGCUGGAAGGUCUCGCUCGACUCGGCAGGUCGAGUGUCUCAGGCUGACGGCACGCUCCUCUUCAGACGUGCCGUAGUCGGAGACGGCGGCAAGUACGUGUGCGUCGUCAACAAUUCCAUCGGCGAGGACAGGAUGGAGACGCAACUCACGAUCACAGCCCCAUUGACGGCGACGGUUCGUCCGAGGCGAAUAGUGGCGACCGAGGGAGCGCCGGCGACACUCAAUUGCACCACCUCGGGUCACCCUGUGUCCUCCGUGGUGUGGCUCAAGAACGGACAGCCUGUCGUCUCCUCGCGCGUCAAGAUGCUCACGCGGGAGAGAUUGCACAUACCAAACGUGCUACGGGACGACAAAGGAAUGUACCAGUGCUUCGCGCUCAACGACUACGACUGGGCUCAGGGCACGGCUGAGAUCACGCUAGGCGACGAUCCUCCCGUCCUUGUGCACCGGUUUUCCGAGCAGACAGUGGAUCCAGGUGCACCGGUGUCGCUCAAGUGCGCAGCGACGGGUGCGCCCCUGCCGCAGAUCACGUGGAGUCUCGACGGAGAGCCCGUUGUCGAAAACAUGCGCGUGCGCAUUGGAGACUUCGUCACCAACGACGGACAGGUGAACAGCUUCGUGAACUUAACGGCCGCUACUACUGAGGACGGUGGCCGAUACCAGUGUCACGCGAGCAACGACGUGGAAACCGUGUCCCACGGCGCACGGAUGAACGUGAGGGGUCAUCCGUUCGUUCGUGUCAUGCGCAACGUGUCGGUGCUGGCAGGACGCACGCUGAUGGUUCACUGUCCGGCCGCCGGAUACCCGCUCACUCAAAUAUUCUGGCAUAAAGGGGACGCCCGGCUACCACAGAGCAAGCGCCAGAGCGUUUUCCGAAACGGCACGCUUACCGUGCAUCGCGUGGAGCGGAGUGCCGACGAAGGCUUCUACAGGUGCACGGCCACAGGCCCCUCGGGGAAGUCGGCCUCCAGGGAACUCUACGUUAGUGUCAUGGUGGCGCCUGUUGUGGGUCCCUUCUCGUUUCCGGCGAACCUGAAAGAAGGCAUGCGGGCCAUCGUCACCUGCUCCGUGCUCGAAGGAGACAGCCCAGUACGCAUACGAUGGCUCAAGGACAGCGCGCCAGUGGCGCCGGACGGCCGGAACGUCAAGGUCGAAUCCAGCAACGAAUUUUCCUCCACACUGUUCAUCAAGCAGGUUGGCUACCGGCACCGCGGCGAGUACACGUGCGUGGCAUCAAAUCUAGCCGCGUCCGCAAAUUAUUCUUCAAACAUGGUUGUCAACGUGCCACCACGGUGGAAAGUGGCCCCACGAGAAAAGGCGGCAGUGGUUGGAGAGAACGUCGUGAUCGAUUGUCAAGCCGAAGGUUUCCCUCCGCCCAGGAUAUGGUGGGAGAAAUCAUCAGCCGCAAGACCGUCCGAGUACAAAGUGAUCAUCAGCAACUCUCACAUACAUGCCCUUGAAAACGGCUCGCUCAUGGUACGCGAGGCCGAGCGCAACGACACCGGCUUUUACCUCUGCCAGGCCAGCAAUGGCGUCGGUUCUGGAAUCAGUAAGGUCAUCGAACUCAAAGUGCACGUGUCAGCCCACUUUAAAAACGCAUUCAACUCGAAGACUCUCCGCAAAGGCAACACAGCUCGCAUCAAAUGCGAAGUUUUCGGCGAGAAGCCACUGACCAUCUCAUGGAGCAAAAACGGUCAAUCGAUAUCUGCGAAGCAAGAUCAACGGUACGAAAUAAAAACCAGCGAGACCGAAGACAGCGUCCAAUCACAACUGGAGAUUCAUGCCGUCGACCGGAGAGAUUCGGCACUGUUCGCAUGCCAUGGGAGCAACGAGCAUGGCAAAGAUGAAACUAGGACGCAGCUGAUUGUGCAAGAAGCUCCUGGGGCUCCGUUCAACGUGCGGACUUCCGACGUCACAAGUCGGUCUAUGACAGUUUCAUGGGACCAGCCUUACACGGGGAACAGUCCUAUCUCUGCCUAUCGAGUGCAGAGCAAGACUUCAGGGACCAAAUGGAGUGGAGACAUCCAGGAAAACAAACUUCAAGGAAGAGUGACUACGCUUACUCUUAGGGAUCUGCGUCCAGUCACCACGUACAUCGUAAGGAUACAAGCAGAGAACACCUUAGGUGCUGGAGAGUUCAGUCAAGAAAUACAGGUCACAACCGAUGAGGAAGCACCCGAAGGCCCACCACUGAAUGUUCAAGCUUCUCCAGCGUCAUCAACAUCUCUGAAGGUAUCCUGGCAGCCGCCUAAAAGAGAGUACCAGAACGGCCUGCUGAAGGGAUACUACGUUGGUUACAAGAAGCAUGGCAGUUCGGAUACGUAUACAUACAAGACCGUGGACACAACGGGCAGCAUCAGAGAAGAGGUUGUGCUUACUUCACUGCAGCGUUCCACAAAGUAUGCCGUGCUCGUGCAAGCAUUCAACGAAAAAGGAACGGGUCCGCCGUGCGAGGAAAUACACCUUGAAACUUUCGAGAACGAUCCACCCCCACCACCCACGUUAAGCGUCUUCAGCACGAGCUCUACGUCCAUUCAGCUGCAGUGGAGCCCGAAUGAGGGCGAAGAUACGUCUAUAAUAGGUUACUAUAUCUACGUGAAGGUUCAGCACGGCACCUGGGAAGAGCAUCAGGUUUCGGCUCAUCAGACGACGCACACUUUUCAAGACCUUCUUUGUGGAACCAAUUACCAGUUCUACGUCGCCUCGUACAACAAGAUGGGCAAAAGCGAUCCCAGUGAAGUGAUUUCAGCAAAAACUCAAGGAUCACCGCCAGUGGCGCCUAAGCGUGACGCCGUGAUAAGUGUGAACGGGACGACGCUGACGGUGCACCUGAGCAGCUGGAGCACUGCGGGAUGCCCGAUCCAGUCGUUCACAGUUCACUACCGCAUACAGGAGGAAGACUACGACUGGGUGCUCGUGUCCGACGCUAUCCCGGCCGAGCAGAAAGUGCUUGUGAUUUCGGGGCUGCUGCCAGGAAAGUGGUACCUUCUGCGGGUGGCAGGCCACAGCGAAGCCGGCACAACAGAACAGGAAUACACUUUCAGCACGCUUACGAAAACGGGAGCGAGCAUUCCACCGCUGAACAGCCUUGAAAGCCGGCGGCCCGCCUUCUACAAGAGCGUCAGCAUCAUGGUACCCCUCGUGUGCGUGGCGGCGAUGCUCGUUCUCAUCGUGGCUGUGCUUGCUUUCAUCAUACCCCGGAGACGUAGACAGGCGACGCCUCAUCACUACAGAGACCCAUGCCCAGAUGACAAGAACAUGGAGGCCCUGAGCCUUUCCAUAUUGAAACAGACGGGAGAGCACAUGGAAACUGCUAGCCCCGGCAAGGAACCGCUCUACUAUCCAUCCCCUUACGCAAUGGGCCGAGUGCAGACACUGAGUAAGCAAGGCGUUGGUCCCUCAGACGCCGAAGCUGCCGCUGCAGCUGCGCAAACACUGAAGAGGGCGAGAAGGGAGCACAUCUACGAGAUUGAAGAGGAAAGCUACCCUCGCGUGGCAGAUGGUCCAAAUGAACACGUACCGAAUAUAUACCAGACACCUAAAAAAUCAGCGAUGACAGCAAAUAUGAACUCGCGCUCCACAGCACAUAUGACAAUCGAUGGAAGACGAAUACUGAGGGAACGAGAAAGAAGCCACAGAACAGCUUUCAAGUCCUCGAGUCUGGCAUCGGACGGCCAUUCCGCCGAUGACAGUGACAGUGAAGGAGCGUCCUACACAUUCCAGCGAACAAAGGUAGGAAGUUACGGAGACCACACGGAGAUCUCGGAGGCGGAAUGCGACCGGGAACAACACGCCAGAGCCGCAAAACGCCUGGAAGCACUAGGAAUCCACGUUAGCCCCGGCUACAGCAUAACCUGAGGUCUACUGCGCUCCCACCGUCGGGCGGAUGUGAGAGAGACUUGCGUGUGACGCCACAACAUUCCGCAGACGCCCCCCGGCCGAAAGCACGCAACUGUGCGGACAUUGCAGCGCUGUCCAUCGUCACUGUGCCUCCAUAACGUGCCGGUAUACAAUGUGGACAAGUACUGAAUACCAGCGGUCUUCUGGAAGCCUCGAGGGGCCUCUGAAGCCUGCAAUUAUGUGCCUCAAGUUAACUGCCGAGUGAUUUUUUUUUAUUUGUACGUGACUGUGAUUUCAAGGACACUCUUGAUGCAUUUGUGAAGCAGUGGAAUAUUCUUGUGUCGUGCGAGAGCUUUUCUUACUGCCAAAAGUGUCGUCGAGAGUUUCUACUGUGAGAGUGAAAGACGUAAUCACUGUUUUUAAGCAACGCAUUUUGUUACACAAAUGAUUUUUGUUGUUGUUGUUGAAAACAAAUAGAUCGCAAGGCACUUGCUAUGAAUAAUAUUUUUUCGUCCAGUACAGAAAGACGAAACACAAACGUUGUGCAGUUUAACAAGAAAGAAAAAGGAGCGAAAAAUUGAACAGUAGUUGGAAUGACACCAAUUGUAAAAUAAAUCACAAAGAGCUGCCGGAAAUUCAACGGUGCGGAGUUCGUACAUUUAUGCUGCCAUGUCUUAACAGCAACACUAUAAACCAAAAUGAUGCUUCGCGCCCUCUUUAAGGAGUCGAAAUUAGGGCUGCCGCAACUUCUGACGAUUGCGUGCAGUGAACAAAAGUGUGUCACAAGACGAAUGAUGUAGUUCUGCCCGUGAAGAAAUUUUUGUAAUUCAAAGUUACUUUUUCAGUGAUUUAACAUUCGUUCAUGUGCAUCAACAAGACAAAUCAUGCUCCUUAGUGUAAAACUAACUUGUUGUGCCAAUCAGUUCAUUCACCUUCUAUUACCUAUUAUUGUUGUAUAUCGCCAUAAUCAAGCAAAAGGACAUUACCGAUAAUGUGUCCUUAUUGAUCCGUGACAAUUAUUAUGUCGUACGGCUCCCCUUUUUUAGCAAGAAAAAGGAAAUUCCUAGUUUUAAAAAUCAGUUAUAAUAGCGUUUGUUUUGUUGUCAUUAACUGGGGCGACAGCCAUUUAUAUAGGCUACCUUAUAAAGUGGGCAAUGGUGCACGAGCAACAUAAGACGGUAGCCAAAUAUGCCAGUUUUCGGUAUGUUCUUUAAGCAAUACGUUAAAAUUGAUCGAUGAAGUUCUAGGUGAUAAACAUUUAGGUCAAAAUGUUUUGUUUCGCCGCGAUUAUUGAUACCUAGCUGUCAUUAUUAUGUCGAUGUCAUGUUCUGUCUGAAUAGAUGUGACUGUUGGAUACAUUUACAUUUGUUUUAACGUGACAAUCGGAACCAGUUAAGCACAUAUGCAGUGUGGCUUGAAAGCACAGUCUAUGAACAGCCCCUAACUGAGAAUUAAGGUCCAUUUUAUACUGCCAAGGUAACUACGGUGCUCUCCUGAACUGCUUUCCGCUAGUAUUCGAACUGUGUUUCAGUUUUUACUGGGCUUUCGAGCGUGCAUUCCAAGUCGACUGAAUUUUUCUAUCAGAAUGUGGACAUAUGACGCACUGUCUACUGCCACGUCGUCAUACUCAAAUAUAUACUGUAAUGUAUCGCGCCGAAAUUCCAAGGCAAAGCUAGUACCCUCUAAUUCUGUAAAUGAGUAAAUAAUAUUCAGGAAAUUUUCUUUAUCUGACAUUCUCAUUGAAUUCCGUUUAACGUUUUCUCCAAUGCUUCUACCAGUGCGUUUUAUAGUUCACCAAAUAGAUCUCGGAGUAGAAAAGCGUAUGCAUUUGUCAUUUCUAGUACGUACAAAGAAACUUCAAUAUGUUAUUGAAUUUAACGUGCCAGUAAGUUCAUGAAUUCAUAAGUUAAUAUAAGAUUAUCAACGACAAUCAGUAAAAUAGUAAAAAUCAUGAAUAUACAUAAAAAAGUAAACAAAGACCGCAUUGUCUUAAUGUGCGAUGUAAAAGAUGGUUGCGGUUACUACACUGAAAACUUCAUUCAUCAAAACAGUGUUUGCGCUCCGUAUCAGCUGAAGCACCGCAGGAGGCGUUAUGAGGAGAGGAUUCUCAGCGCCUUGAGUUCGCUCUGCCGACCUUCAAUGGACUCCUGUGCACGCUAUCCUGUUCGCGUAUGCAGCAUCACGUAGCAGCUGAACAAAAUAGGCGCUGCUUCGGUCACAUCUCUGUGAUGACAAAUUAUCCGAAACGAGUCAAUGUUCCCAUAUAUUACAUUUUUACUUAAGAGUACAUAACAUGUAAUUUCUUUUUUCGACAGGAAUCUGCUGCCAGAAACAAGUUUCGGACAAGCGUGCAUCUAUAAACAGUGUCACUCUCAAAAACGCGUGUGUAACGUUGUACACUGUGUUUCAGACGCGUUGCAGAAGCCGGUGUGAUAUUUUUUUUUCCUAACAAAAUGUAAAUACCGACGCUGUCGACGCCUGCUUCAGUGAAGCAGGUAGCAUUUCAUAUCUGAGAUACAAAUGGAUGAAGCUGCUACAUCGAUGUAAAGACUUUCUGUUGACAAUUUGCACGUUACAUGUCUUGCGUGAGUGAUGUAUGCUGUGCAAUAGGGCAGUUUCAUAAUACGAGAAAUGAAAUGUCAUUGCUCAUUGCAGAACAAGCUGCGAAAGUCACAGAAACAUUUCGCUCACGGUAAAUCCUUUGUUAUACUUAAGCCCCGUCAUUUUUUUAAUGACGUGUCACUCAACACGUUGCGAAUACGAGAGGAUAAAAAGGAUGGUUUAAAAUCCAGUCAUGCUAACUAUCCAAUAUUUCAUCGUUGGUUGUUGGACGCUUACAUUCCUUGGCCUUGAGAAAGUUCCCAUUGAUAUUCUAAAAACGUUUAUGUUGAGUUUCCACAGACGCAAUAAAUGUUGUAUUG